AUGGCUCGUUACUCCUUCGCAUUCGCUGCUCUAGCAGCAAGCGGUGCCUACGCUGCGCAGAGCGCAGCCUACACACAGUGUGGUGGAAAGGGCUUCACCGGUGCCACGGCAUGCGUCUCCGGAUACCACUGUGAGGUCCAGAACGACUGGUACUCUCAGUGUGUUCCUGGUGCCGGUGCAGCAAGCCCUGUAGCAAGCCCUGUUCCUACAACCAUGAUGACUGCCACCAAGGCACCCGCUGCUAAGACCUCUUCUCCAGCAGCAGUAGCUGUUGCCGCCCCCAGCAAGGCUGCCGUCGCUGCCAACGCUGCUGCCAGCUCCGGAAAGACCCAGUACGCCGGUAUGAACAUUGCUGGUUUCGACUUCGGAUGCGACACAUCCGGAUCAUGCAGCGGAGCCUAUGUCGACCCCGGUGCGAACGGCAUCGCUCAAAUGCAGCAUUUCACCAAGGACGACAAGCUCAACAUCUACCGUCUCCCCAUCGGCUGGCAGCAUCUGACCGGCAACACUCUCGGUGGUAACCUUGACGCCACCGUCAGCGCUGCCUACGACAAGCUCGUCCAAGGCUGCCUGGCCACUGGCGCAGUCUGCCUUCUCGACCUCCACAACUACGCCCGCUGGAACGGCCAGAUCGUCGGUCAAGGCGGACCCACCAACGCACAGUUCGCGGAUGUCUGGACCAAGAUCGCAACGAAGUACGCAUCAGAGAAGAACGUUGCCUUUGGCCUCAUGAACGAGCCCCACGACCUCACCAUGUCCACCUGGGCCGACUCGUGCCAGGCCGCCGUCACCGCCAUCCGCAAGGCCGGCGCCAAGUCGCAAAUGAUCCUCCUCCCAGGUACCGACUACACAUCCGCAGGUACCUUCCCCACCGCCAGCGGACCUUCCCUCCUCAAGGUCAAGGAUGCCGACGGCACGACCGACAAGCUCAUCUUCGACGUCCACCGCUACCUCGACAGCGACAACUCCGGUACCCACGCCGAGUGCACGAGCGACCACGUCGAGGACUCCUUCGUACCGCUCGCUACUUGGCUCCGUGACAACAAGCGUCAGGCUAUCUUGUCUGAGGUCGGUGGCGGCAACACUGCUUCGUGCGAGCAGGAUGUCUGCGCUGCGCUCGAUAGCUUGAACAAGAACAGCGAUGUCUACCUUGGUUACAUUGGCUGGUCGGCUGGUGCGUUUGAUCAGAGCUACGUGCUUGGUCUGACGCCCAAUGGCUCCACUGAUCGCGAGUUGGUCACUAAGUGCUUCAGCCGCGCUUAG